CCUCGAAAAAGAAUGAAGGGUGAACUUAUGGACGAAGCUCCGGCUGGUAGCAUUGGCAUGACAUCUGAUUCCGGAUUCACCAACGCGGACUUAUAUUUUCAGUGGCUGGUACACUUCAAGGAAUGCACUUCACCAAUACUGAUUAUUGACAAUCAUUCAAGUCAUAUCAGCUUGCAAGCUACUCUGUAUUGCAGAGAGAAUAACAUCGUUGUACUUACAUUGCCACCUCACAGUAGUCACAAUAUACAACCCUUGGAUAGAACCAUUUACAGUCCUCUAAAAAAUCAGUACGCACUUGAAGCUGAUAAAUGGAUGGCACAGCAUCCUGAUAGAUCUAUUAAUCAAUACCAAGUAACUUCUAUUUUCGACAGAGCGUUUAAAAAAAUUGCUACUGUAGGUAACGCAGUUUGUGCAUUCAGGAUGACUGGAAUAUAUCCUUUUGAAGACGAUUUAUUUACAGAAGCAGAAUUUGCACCAUCUGCAGUUACUGAUAUGUGUAAUCUAUCUGCUGAUGCUAUAGCUCAAAAUAUACCUUCUUUGAACUCUAUAAGCACAGUAGACGUUAAAGAGAUACAAAGCCAUAAAGUUAUAUCUGUUACCUUGAUGGCACGACGCCUGUACAAGUUACGAAGAGGGUACAUUCACAUGUGAUUUUUGUGCAAUAGUAAAUUAAGUUUACGUGCGUACACUUAACCGAAGGUGUGCGGAUACUUUCCCGCCGAUGCGGGUAAAAACCCGCGUUUCCCUUGUUCAUUAAA